AUGCCGACCAUUGAAGAGAUCACAGACGAGGCUCUCUCCAAGCAGGCCAACGUGGAGGAUGAGGAGUGGGAUGACGAGAGCGACGCAGAGGUGAGCACCAGCGCACGAGAAGUAGCGGUCAACAGCGAAUUGUUUGUAUCGCCAAGGGAUUGCCGUCAGCGGAAAAGACUCAGCUACGAGAUCACAAGUCGUCCCGGGGCUUCUCUUUCUACACGAGCUGCAAGCAGCAACAAGUGUCGUUUCUCUGCAACACGUUCAAAGCUGAUACAUACACACGCUUCGCAAUCGCUCAGUCCGAGUUCUCCGAUGACGAAGAAGUGACAGAGAAGGGUCUCUCUCUACGCGAAGAGACAAUCUGGGAGCGACUAGCUGCCUUGGUAGACAUUAUCCCCUCUUCUACACGCACCCGCAUCUCCCACACUUUCCGAACAACUUCCGCCUUUGCUUUUACAGGAGCCAAAAUCUUUGGGAACAUCGCUUGGGUCGUCACUACUAGUGCGCUGCUUGUGGGAUUGCCUUAUGCGCUCGCGGUGGAGGAUGAGGGAAGAAUCAUUGCUCAGGAGAGGGAAUUGCAAUCUCAAGGCGGAGGCCCUGUAAGUAGCCACGAUCGCGGCCAGAGCCUACCUCAACGCAUACAUGGCCCCAAACAUCGAGUCACUGAUGUCUCUUGUGCAUCCACAGAUGCUCGCUGGCGGAGGACUAGGCGGCUUGCCUCAGGGACAACAACAGCAGCAACAGCAAGCAGGCCAAGUGGGCGCCAAGCCCCCUGGCUUCUGA